UUCACAUGAAGGGCCCGCCGCCGGGCUCCGAUGGUACAUACCCGCUGACGUCCGACAACAUCGAAUGGCAUCUGAGAAUGGUAAGUGGUGGACUUGGCACCUUGUUUGGCCUCGGUCAGUGGGCAGCGAUAUCGCAAACACAUAAUGCCGCUUUAUGCCGCGCUUGCCUUUUGUUGCGCGCUGUGGGCUCUCCGUGGUGUGAAGGUCACACGGGCGUGUAGGCGCCGGGAGGAUAUGCGCGUCUCUGCCACCUCCGCCCUUUCUCCACAGAUACCUCGCUCCGGUAGUUUUGUUCCCAUGUCCAUGAUUCCUUCUGCCCUGGCAGGCACAGGCCGCGGCGGGGAGAAUAGGGUGUGCUGUCGCAUGGGCAACUCUGUUAUUCCCAAUUGUGCCUGUUUUUUUCACCCGGAGCAGGAGCGCGUGGAUUCCCCAUUGAGAUUGCUUUUUGGGCCAAAAAUAGCAUCUGUGAAGGAGCAAGGCAGCAGCUCAGCCAACCAUUCUAUUCCUGUAGAUUCCGCCGAUGAAGGAGUCCAAAUACGACCGGAUCCUGCGGUACGUCCAUAUGCAGCAGCAGAACGUCGCGGUGAUGGCCGAUAUGGUGC